AUGGCCCAUCGCGAUAGCUUCUCUAACGUACAGCAGGUCGGUGCCAAUCCUGGCUUUAACAUCAAUACCAACAAUAUCGGACCUGGCGUGCAAGGAAGGAAGGUCGAGGAUCUCCAAUAUGGCGCAGUGGAUGCAGUAGGCCGGGCGCAACAGGAGAAACGAGGAGGAAUGAUAGUGGAACCUAUUCCUGUCGUGGAAAGGGCUGCGCAAAAUCAACCCCUCGAUGUUAGCUCUUUGCUCAACGGCGCCAGCCAGGAACAGAGUGCAGCAGGAUCUUUCGCCGGUGGUCAGCGGGGCGGGGAAGGCAUCGAUGCGAACGCGAUCAUCAACGGCUUAGCGGGCGCUCAGCAGGGAGGGAGCACUAACAUCAACGCUGGUGCAGCGACGCCAGGUCAAGGGCAAGCUCAGGCGCAGGGUGCGGCCGGAUUACUUGCAGGUGGUCAACAAGCUGGCGCCGGCAUCGAUGCAAAUGCCCUCCUCAACGGCUUGACAGGCGAGCAACGAGGCAGGAACAUCAGCGCGAACGCUACCACGGCAGCGACCCAGAGUCAAGGUGUAAAACUGGGCGCUGCUGGAUCUCUGAGCAGUGGCCAACAAGGAAGAGCCGGGAUUGAUGCGAACGCGAUUCUCAACGGUGUGGCAGAAGCCCAAAAGGGCGGCGUCGGCAGUGCGAACGCUGCAGCAGCUGGUCAAGGUCAAGCCCAAGGGCAGGUCUCCGCAGAUCUGGCCAGUCUUCUUGCAGAGCAACAGAAACAGAAUGGCAUCGUGGGUCUGGACGCAAAUGCACUCCUCAAUGUUCUCGGACAAGGUCAAGUUCAAGGUGGAAACCGACAGGCUGCGAAUGGAGCGAGCGCUGGGGAUGCCAAUAGCCUCAUAAACGACCUUCUGAACGGUGCAAAUGGCCAAUCGAACGCACCAGGUAUUGCUGACAUUCUCGAGGGCCUCAAUGGACAGAAGCAAGGUCAGGGAAAGGGUCAGGGCAAUGGCAUCCAGAUCAUUGAGAUCAAGGAGUCGAUCGUGCAGCAGAUCAACGGAGGCGGAGCAGUCAAAGAGACAAUUAUUCAGAGCGCUGGGGGCGCAAGAGAAUCAGCUGCGGCGGAACCGGUGGAAAGUGGCACGACGAUAAUCGCCGAACCUUCGCUCGACCUCUCACUCCUGGGUUCCACGCAAAAAGGCGGUGCGCGGACAACGGCAGCAGCAAAGACCACAUCAGCAGCGGGAACGACGGCAGCAAAGAACGGGACAACAGCAGCAGGGACUGCCCCCGCCGCCGCGAUCACUAUCAUCGCGUCCGGUGGUACUGGCGGCCGAGCGGUGAACUCGGCAAACGCAACGGCGUCCGCCGCUAAAUCGAUCAACACGUCCGGUUUGACUCAGGAUGGUCUCGUGGCGGGAACCACCACAACGAAGGUCGGAAGUGCCAUCACCGUGUCGGCAGGGAAGGGGGUGUCUAACUCUACGUCAAUUGCUUCAGCUGCGGGCGGUGCGAUAACCGUCGUCGCUGGAAAAGGAAACGGUACCUCCAUCGCCGCGGGAUCAGCAGCAAAGGCCACCGCCAUCACCGUCGUCGCGGGCAAUGGCACUGCAACAGGCGCAGCCGCCAUCGCCCCUGGCCUGCCCACGUCCUCCACAUCAGCCAGAUCUAUCAAUUCUGCUGCCCUCACCCAAGCCGGCCUCGUCCGCUCAACCACGGUCUCAGCCCCUGGCAGUGCCGUCACUGUCGUCGCCGGCAACGGAGGAAGCUCCAACAACGGCACAGCCGCCCAAGCCGCCGCGAAUCUCUGCAACUGCGCUUGCUCCUGCCCGGGAAGCGCAUUCCCCAUGUCCGCGCCUCAAGCCGCACCCUUCCAGCUCCAGCCCGCAAUGGGCUCCAUGAGCGCGCCGCCGUCCACGCUCCAAACGCAAGCCGUCACCGUCGUCGCAGGCGGCAGCGCCCCGGCCGGCGCACCUCCAGCCGCCGCAGCUAGCUCUUCGUCCGCCGCACCGAUCAACUCUGCCACGCUGACGACUGCCGGACUGGUGGGCUCGAGCACGACGAGCGCGGCGGGCGUGGGGGUCACCAUGCAGGCGAGCUCUGGCGCGAGUGUUGUGCCUGCUCAGUCGCAGAUCGCAGCGAGUUCGUCGAGCGCGUCGCUUCAGCAGAACAGGCUGCCGUUUGAUAUUUCGACCAUCGAGCUGCAGAGCAAAGUCACUGUGAAUCUAGGUGCGCGGGCUGCGCUGCCUACGGAGAAGAAGCGGUGGGUGUUUUAG